AUGAAAUUUCCACUGGAAAACCCUAGAAAACAAGUCAAUUUGGACCCGGAACAACAAGUGGCAGUCCAAACCAACUUGGUCCCUCCCAAGAAGGUCCAGUCAGGGAUGGUCCAAUCCAGCCCUGUCCAGGCCAGUGUGGCGGCCAUGCAGAACCCGAUGGGCUGUGAUCCCAAGGGGGCCAACGGCCACUGCCCCUUACCCCGGCUCUCCGUCUCCUCCCGUUCCGCCAGCGUGGUGGCCAGCAUGGACACCACCGGUGACCUCUUGGCCCUCCACUCUGUGAUGAAGUGGAAGACGGUGGUGGUGGUGUUUGUGGUGGUGGUGGCCUACUUGGUGGGUGGCGGCUUGGCCUUCCGGGCCCUGGAGCAGCCUUUCGAGAGCAACCAGAAGGACAGCAUCACCCUGGAGAAAGCUUUGUUCCUGCAGAGGCACCGCUGUGUAAUGCCUGCUGAACUGGAGGCACUCAUCAAGCAUUCCAUAGACGCUGUCAGUGCAGGAGUCAGUCCGAUCGGAGACACGUCUUACAACUCCAGUCACUGGGAUCUGGGCAGUGCUUUCUUCUUUGCUGGAACCGUGAUCACAACGAUAGGUUACGGGAACAUAGCACCCAGCACGGAGGGAGGGAAGAUCUUCUGCAUCCUGUACGCCAUAUUUGGCAUCCCGCUGUUUGGGUUCCUCCUGGCUGGCAUCGGAGACCAGCUAGGAACCAUAUUUGUCAAGAGCGUCUUGAGGGUGGAGAAGAUAUACAGGCAAAAACACAAACAGAUCAGCCAGACCAAAAUCAGAGUCACCUCCACCAUACUCUUCAUCAUAGCCGGGUGCAUAGUCUUCGUUGGCAUCCCGGCAGUCAUUUUCAAACACAUCGAGGGAUGGACGACUCUGGAUGCUAUCUACUUUGUCAUCAUCACGCUAUCAACGAUUGGCAUAGGGGACUAUGUGGCAGGUGGGGAUCGGAAGAUCGAGUACAUGAAGUGGUACAAGCCUCUGGUCUGGUUCUGGAUCCUGGUGGGCCUGGCCUACUUCGCUGCUGUCCUGAGCAUGAUUGGAGACUGGCUCAGAGUGCUGUCCAAAAAGACGAAAGAGGAGGUGGGGGAGUUCAAGGUCCAUGCGGCUGAGUGGAAGGCCAACGUGCGGGCCGAGUUCCGAGAGACGCGGAGGCGGCUGAGUGUGGAGAUCCAUGACAAAUUGCAGCGGGCCGCCACCAUCCGCAGCAUGGAGCGCAGGCAGCUGGGCCUGGAGCAGAGGGCCCACUCCCUGGACAUGCUCUCCCUAGAGAAGAGGGCUGUGUUUGCCAGCCUGGACCAGGGCCGCUUCAAAACCUCCUCCCAGGAGAGCAUCGACACCAAGCUGAAUAACUUGAGGUCGAAAGGGGCAGGGGAUCUUUGUUAUGACCAGCGGAGAGGCAGCGAGCAGACACAGCAGGCCUCGUCAGAGGAUAAUCUCUUCAACCUCCGCUUCCGCUCCCUCACCAAGCUGGCCAAGAGACACAAGAACCGCGACCUGAAGAGGAACAUUCCUGAGGACGUGCGGAGGGCCUGUGAGAGCACCCUACUUCCUAUCCAACCCCACCCCACCCCCAACCGACAAAAAAGCAGACGCAAUGUGGGAUAG